UAGAGAAAACCGAGAGAGUGUGACGUGUGAAAGUAGCACUCUGGAUUCUUUGAGUCAUCAUAGCUUAAAGUGGACAAAAAACAAUAUUUUGUAACGUAUCAAAGAAUUUCCUCUUCGAUAUUUUUACUUAAGAGAGAGAGAGAGAUCUUCUGUUUCAAGUUCUAGAGCUUUCUCCGCCGAUUUCAUCUCCUUUAGCCAUGGAGUUACCCCCAAAAGUGAAGAACAUUCUGCUUCUUGAUUCUGAAGGAAAGCGCAUAGCCGCUAAGUACUACUCUGGCGACUGGCCAACAAAUACGGCUAAAGAAGCAUUCGAAAAAGCUGUCUUCUCAAAGACUCAGAAAACAAACGCUCACACCGAAGUUGAAGUGACGGCACUGGAGAACAACAUCAUUGUGUACAAAUUUGUGCAAGAUCUUCAUUUCUUUGUUUCGGGAGGUGAAGAAGAAAACGAGCUUGUCUUAGCCAGUGUGCUUCAGGGUCUCUUCGAUGCAGUGAAUCUCCUCCUCAGAGGCAAUGCUGAUAAGAGAGAGGCAUUGGACAAUCUUGAUCUCAUCUUUCUAUGCUUUGACGAAAUCAUUGAUGGCGGUAUUGUCCUGGAGACGGAUGCAAAUGUGAUAGCAGAAAAGGCAGGAAUCAAUAGCAUUGACCCUAACGCUCCUCUAUCCGAGCAGACGAUAAGUCAGGCACUGGCAACGGCAAGAGAGCAUUUGACAAGGUCACUUAUGAAAUGAUGUGCGUGUAUUGCUUAUUUGCUUUCUAGCUAAUGUUGGUUGGUUGGUUGCUAUCUAAGUAUGAACUGAAUGAAGACUAUAACUGUGUGUCAGUUUGUUUGUCUCUGUUGGUUGACUCUUAGUCACAAUUACGAGUUAGAUAAUAAAAAUCAAAGUUUAUAUUUGUUU